GGGCAACUGGACCAAACAGCCAGGAUCUGGUUCUGGUCCAGACCUGACAGAUGAAGAGAAAGAGAUUAUAAACAGUGUGAUCGCCCGUGCUGAGAAAAUGGAGGCCAUGGAGCAGGAGAGGAUUGGGCGCUUGAUAAACCGCCUGGACGACAUGAAGAAGACUGUGUGUGGGGAUGGACUGUCCCGCUGUGUGCUGUGUGGGGAGCAGCUUGGCUCACCUGGGGUCAGCUCAGUGGUGUGUGAGGACUGCAAAAAGAACAUGUGUACCAAGUGCGGUACACAGUGUAGCAGUCGGCCACGCGCGGUGUGGCUAUGUAAGAUCUGCAGAGAACAGCGAGAGGUAUGGAAGAGAUCUGGAGCCUGGUUCUUUAAAGGUUUCCCUAAACAUUUCCUGCCUUCACCAAUGCCGUUAUCUAAACAUGCAGCCGAGCCCCAAGGACCACCAGCCUCUGGGUCCAGGCAGUCAGAAACCAAGCCACAACCAUCAGGGCCGGAGACACAGGGCCGUGCUGCUUACCCACCUGUAGCCCCUAAACCAUCAGCUGUGCGCAUGGCCACAGGUGGAGCAGGUCCUGAAGAAGUGGGUCAGGGAAGCCCAGUGGUCAUGAAGAAGAUGGUGCCUGUCCAGAGCUCCAGACCACAGCCUGCUGGUAUGGCCCAGCAAGGUUCAGUGGUAGGAGAUGGAGGUGCCUACUCUUCUGGUGCAGUUCCUCCAGAGCAGAGAGCGCCCCCUGCAGUUCGAGAGGACAGGAGGCAGCCCGCUGCCUACAGUGCCCCUCCCGCUCGACAGCAGCCUCCCCCAGCUGCGGAGGAGGAGGAAGUCAACGACUAUGACUCUGAUGAAGCCACAACUCUGGGGGCUCUAGAGUUCAGUCUACUGUACGAACAGGAAAGCAGCAGCCUCCACUGUAGCAUCCUCAAAGCAAAGGGAUUGAAGCCUAUGGAUUCAAAUGGACUGGCAGAUCCCUAUGUUAAACUUCAUCUGCUUCCAGGGGCUAGUAAGUCUACAAAGCUGCGCACAAAGACCUUGAGAAACACCCGCAACCCCAUGUGGAAUGAGACGCUCACAUACCACGGCCUGACAGAUGAAGACAUGCAGCGCAAGACCCUCAGGCUGUCUGUCUGUGAUGAGGACAAGUUUGGGCACAAUGAGUUUAUUGGGGAGACCAGGGUGGCGCUGAAGAAACUGAAAAUAAACCAGAAGAAAAACUUUAACGUGUGUCUUGAGAGAGUUGCCCCUACGAAGAGAACUGCAACAGCUGGAGGAGCUAGAGGCAUCGCCCUCUAUGAAGAUGAGCAAGGGAAAGAUGGCGGAGAGGUAGAGGAGCGUGGUCGUAUUCUAAUCUCCCUCAUGUACAGCACCCAGCAGAACCGUCUGCUUGUGGGCGUUGUGCGCUGUGUUCAUCUGGCCGCCAUGGAUGCUAAUGGCUACUCUGACCCAUAUGUCAAAAUAGUUCUGAAACCUGACAUGGGGAAGAAGGCCAAGUGCAAAACGCAGAUCAAGAAGAGGACUUUGAACCCAGAGUUUAAUGAGGAAUUCGGCUACGACAUCAAACACAGUGAGCUGGCCAAGAAGACUUUAGAUAUCUCUGUGUGGGAUUACGAUAUCGGGAAGUCCAACGACUACAUUGGUGGGUGUCAGCUGGGUAUUACUGCCAAAGGAGAGAGGCUGAAGCACUGGUAUGAGUGUUUGAAGAACAAGGACAAGAGGAUUGAGCGCUGGCACACCUUGAUGAACGAGAAUCACGUCGCUAGUGAUUAA